UGGAAAUUGCUGUCAACAUACCAUAUAUAUACCUGCAGCAUGUCAGUGAAGAACACUAGCUGAUUUUCUAUUAAGACACGAAAAGAUCAAUUCUGCAACGCUGAUCCACCAAACAGACCUUCCAGUUUACCAUGGAUUUUCUUACUGGGAAACAGCAGUUUGAGACCCCCAAGGGUUUUACUACCUUGUUCUUUUUGAGCUUAAUAUGUCAUGAGCUCUCCAUCUGGGGAUGUGUUGAUAGCUGGUCCUACAACUACUCCAGUGAAGUUUUGGAUUGGAACAGUGCCAGGGAAUGGUGCCAAACGCAUUACACCGAUAUGGUUGCCAUCCAGAAUAAGGCAGAAAUUGAAUACUUGAAUGAAGUUCUGCCAAAGCAAAAUAAAUAUUACUGGAUCGGGAUUCGGAAAAGAGAGGGAGUUUGGACCUGGGUUGGAACCAACAAGACACUUACCACAGAAGCUGAGAACUGGGCCAAAGGAGAACCCAACAAUAAGAAGACUGCCGAGGACUGUGUGGAAAUCUACAUCAAAAGAGAGAAAGAUGAGGGGAAAUGGAAUGAUGAAGACUGCAAACGGCGCAAAACUGCUUUGUGCUAUACAGCAUCAUGCCAGCCCUUUUCAUGUGCCAAUGGGGAAUGCAUUGAAACAAUAAAUAACCACACCUGCAAAUGCUAUGAUGGAUUCUAUGGAGAAAAAUGCGAACAUGCUGUUGCCUGUGACAGCGUGCAGAGUCCCAGCAAUGGGUUUAUCAAUUGCUCCCAUCCUUUUGGAAAUUUCUUCUAUAAAUCAACUUGUGAAUUUGGCUGUGAAAAUGGAUAUAGACCAAACGCUACCACAACUAUCCACUGCACUGCUUCCAAGCAGUGGUCCUCAGAUCCACCCGUCUGUGAAGCUGUUCAAUGUGGUGCACUAGUGAUCCCUUCAAAGGGCUCGAUGAAUUGUGUGCAUCCUCUUGGCAAUUUCAGCUUUGGGAGUGCUUGUGAGUUUGCCUGUGAGAAAGGCUACAGGCUCACUAGCUCAGACACACUUGCCUGCACAGCAUCUGGACAAUGGAAUGACAGUCAACCACAAUGUGAAGCUGUGCAGUGCAGCAGACUGGAAGAGCCCAGCAACGGCAAUAUGACCUGCUCUCACCCGAACGGGGAGUUCAAACAGCCUCAGUCACUGCACAUCUAUACAGCUAUAAGCGUGGCUGGAUCUGUUUCUGCACUGAGUGGGCUGUCACUGGCUGCCUGGAUUGUGAAGCGCCUAAGGAGGAAAGCCCAACAGCUUGAAUUAAACAGGAUUUGGAAAACAUCGAAUCAGAAAAUGCACAGAAGAAAAAUUCCUUCCAAGCCAGUGUUCCAGAUGAUGAGUUUGACGUGGCUUCUCAUCCUGAAUUGUGAACUCUCAAUGUUUGCCGGUGCAGUAGGAUGGACCUACCACUCGUCUGAAAACAUUAUGAACUGGACAGUUGCUAGAAAUUGGUGCAAAACAGAGUACACCGACAUGGUUGCAAUUCAAAACCAAGAAGAAAACCUAUACCUUAAUCAGACCUUGGACAAACGCCCAAACUAUUAUUGGCUUGGGAUACGGAAACUUAAUGACACCUGGACAUGGGUUGGAACUCAGAAAACACUUAUUAAUGAGUUUUCCAACUGGGCUUCUAAUGAGCCCAAUAACAGGCAGGGGGAGGGAGAGGACUGUGUGGAAAUUUACAUUAAAAGAGAAUCUGAUGGUGGGAAAUGGAAUGAUGAUCCUUGUUCAAAUUCAAAGUUUGCACUGUGCUAUAAAGCUCACUGUAAUAAUGAGACAUGCAACUCUCGGAGUGAAUGCAGAGAAACUAUUAACAAUUAUACAUGUAUUUGCAAAGAAGGAUUUAUUGGACCCCAGUGUCAAGCUGUGCAGUGUGGAGCCCUGACGAAGCCAGUCCACGGAUAUAUCAACUGUUCAGGGCCCUAUGGGAGCAACAGUUUCAAUUCAACAUGUCAGUUUCAUUGUCUUGAUGGCUUCUCUUUAAAUGGGUCAAACACUAUUACAUGCACUUCAUCAGGAAACUGGACAGGAGCAGCACCAACAUGCCAAGCUGUGCAGUGUGGAGCCCUGUCUAAGCCAGCCCAUGGACAUAUCGACUACUGCGAACCUUAUGGGAACAACAGUGUCAAUUCAACAUGUCAGUUUCGUUGUCUUGAUGGCUUCUCUUUAAACGGGUCAAAGAGUAUAACAUGUAGUUCUUCAGGGAAAUGGACAGGAGAAGUCCCUGUCUGUAAAGGUGUAGAAUGUGAAUUGCAGUCACAUCCAGACAAUGGAGUUAUCCAGUGUUUAGGCCCCAAUGGAAACCACAGUUUUAACUCAACUUGCGAAUUUCACUGUAUGGACGGUUUUCUAUUACUCGGGCCAACUACAAUUACGUGUGGUCCUUCAGGAAUCUGGACAGGACGAAAACCAAUAUGUGCAGAUUAUGAGUAUUUUAUAAUGGCUGUCAUCGGGGCCAGUAUUAUUGCAAGUUCCUGUAUCGUACUACUUCUGUUGACACACUGUAGAAAAAGAAAGAAGCAUCUUCAGAAAAGGAUGAUUGGUGCUAGUGCUGAAGAAGUUGAAGUUCCUGAGGAGAAACAUAAACUGAAAGAAAUCUUUGACAGACCUGCAGCAGAAGCCACUACCACAUAUCUUUACGAAAUGAUGCUGCACUUCUCAUGCUGUCUAAACUGGAUAUUCCAGUUUGUAAUGCAAGCUGUUACUAUGCUUGUCAUCAGUAAUGAUUUUAAGGGUGAUACAGGGGUGCAGGCAUGGACAUAUCACUACAAUAUCACCCCAAACAUGGACUGGAAUACUGCUAGUGACUGGUGCAAAAAAUACUACACAAACAUGGUAGCAAUACAGAACCAAAGAGAAAUCGCGUAUCUUAAUGAAAUGUUGCCACCAAACGCAAACUAUUACUGGAUCGGAAUUCGGAAAAUCAAUGACACCUGGACAUGGAUUGGUACCAACAAAGCUUUAACAAAAGAAACUGAAAACUGGGCUACGGGUGAACCGAAUAACAUAGGGAAAUUUCAAGACUGCGUGGAGAUUUAUAUAAAGCGAAAGUUGGAUACUGCAAAGUGGAAUGAUGAGCGUUGCAACAGGAAAAAGGGAGUCAUUUGUUUUAAAGCGUCUUGCACUGAGUCCUCCUGCAGCCCCUGGGGAGAAUGUGUGGAAACGAUAGGGAGCUACACAUGUCAGUGCUUUGAGGGAUUUGAGGGACCAUACUGUGAAGCUGUGGGAUGCGAGGUCUUGCAAGCUCCUGCCCACGGCACCAUGAACUGUACCCACAUCUUCAAGCCUUUUCACUUCAACUCCACCUGUGCGUUCCAGUGUGCCCGGGGCUAUGAGCUGCGUGGGUCUCAGCACCUGCGCUGCCAGGCUUCUGGGGCAUGGACCGCAGACACUCCAGCAUGCCAGGCUGUGAAAUGUGAAGUGCUGACUACUCCAUCUCAUGGCAUCAUGGACUGUGAGCACCCGAUCGCACCCUUCAGCUACUCGUCGUCUUGCAGGCUGGGCUGUGAAGAAGGAUUUCUUCUGAAUGGGUCAAACUCUACUCAGUGUACAGCACAAGGGCUGUGGACUGAGACAACUCAAAACUGUCAAGCUCAUGAAUGUGCCCCACUAAGGGCUCCAGACAGGGGGCUGAUGAACUGCUCUCAUCCUCAUGAGGAGUUCAGGUUUGGUUCCAGGUGCGAGCUGGACUGUGAGGAAGGCUUUGUACUGAGAGGCUCAAACACACUGCAGUGUACUGCAUCUGGACUCUGGGCACACACACUGCCCACCUGCCAGGCUUGUGCCCCACUAAGGGCUCCAGACAGGGGGCUGAUGAACUGCUCCCAUCCCCAUGGGGAGUUCAGGUUUGGUUCCAGGUGCGAGCUGGACUGUGAGGAAGGCUUUGUACUGAGAGGUUCAAACACACUGCAGUGUACUGCAUCUGGACUGUGGACACACACACUGCCCACCUGCCAGGUUAUUGAGUGUAAAGCACUGCUAGUAUGGUGGCCACUGAUAAUAAACUGCUCUCAUCCGCUGGGGAACUUCAGUUUCAGAUCGAAGUGUGACUUUAGCUGUAGCAAGGGCUACAGGUUGAAUGGAACGAAAGAAACAUCUUGUAACUCAUUUGGGUUUUGGAGUGACCUGCAGCCUUCCUGUGAAGCGCUGGAAAUUCCUAUUGGGAUGGCAAUGUUGAUUUACACAGGAGUGGGUGCUGGAGCAGGACUCUCUCUGCUCCUUUUGAGUGGAGGACUUUUCUUCAUUGUAAAACGCCUUUCCAGGAGAGGUUCACGUGACAAUAAACUUUAUCCUAACAGGUAAGAUACUGUACAGCUGAUUUUCUUUUACCUUGAUAUUUGCAUUAAACAUUUG